AUGCCCCAUGCAACAGCACAACUUGCUCUCGACUCCCGUUCGGGCAGGAGGAUAUCGCUGGCGCUAUAUAAAGACGGCAUGACCACACUCUUGGCUCUUCUUGGCUUUCUCUUGGAAGUGCACCGAACCUCAGCCAACGCCUUGCAGUUGAUCCUGACCCAGCCCACGCAAUCAACCUUUCUCCGCGCUCUUGGUCUCUUGGCGUUUCUGCUAUCUCUCUCCACGUUACCCAAAACUCUCUCUUCUCCGACCACCCUCCCUUCCCCCCGUGCGCCCUUUCCGCCUUUUCACACAGCGCCCGCCGCCACCGACACCACCACGGCCGGCCAGUUGUCUCACGAUAAUAGCAUCGAUCGACUGUAUGUCUCCGGGUGGCUGACACGUCCCGCCUUGUCCAGCUGCAGGUGGCGUUUCUUAGCAUCGUCACAGAAAAAGGAAGGUCUUCUGGAAAACGGCUGUGGACUCGUCGAGGCGACUUCUAGGCGAUGGUCGACCCUCCUCCCUCAGCUCUUUCAUUCGUCAACCAUCCUGGACUUAUCGCAAUAUCUCACCAACCACCCACGACCCUGGACUAAGCGGGUUUCCCUUCACCAGAACCACCACAUCCUUGUCCACGUUCGCAACGUUGCCAGGUUGCGACCCAACCUUUGUGUACGACGCCAACGACCCGACACCGACAACCCUCGCGGUAGGGGCCGUCUUCCAGUUCUUUGCAUUCUGUUCAUCGAGCUUCCCCCUUGAUAU